UUACCGCUUGCCGUACUUGAUGUAAACACGGAAGUCAGUCUAGACUACGCACACGUAGCCACACCGAGAUACUUCCCCUUUUUCUACUAACGUCUUUAUUUUAUAUUUAGUCGGUACUUAUGAGUUUAUAGUACCGUGUUAUCACAGUGAAGGACCGGAAAAGAAAGCGUUUGAGCUAAGCGUGUCCCGGCGCUGUGUCAAACAAUAAAUACUUAGCCUGAGCUAGCCUAGCACGCUUAGCUUUGUCAUGGCUGACAAAUUACAGAAAUCUUUCAAAUGCAUCGUCGUUGGAGGUGGCAUUGCUGGCGUCACAUGUGUGCAGCAGUUGUCGUGCAGUUUGCCGUCCGCUGACAUGGCCCUGAUCACCGCAGGCCGCCUCAUCAAGGCAGUCACCAACUAUAAACAGGUGGCCAAAGUUCUGGAAGAAUUCCAAGUGGAGGAACAAUCCUCCAGUGUGCUGGAGGAGAAACUCCCCAACCUGACCGUCAUCCACUCGGCGGUCAUAGCACUGCACACACAAUCACACCUGGUGGAAACAGCCGGCGGAGAGCUUUUUGCUUACGAGAAGCUGUGCAUUUGCAGCGGGGCCAGACCUAAGCUCCUGGCCGAGGACAAGCAGCAUGUGCUGGGCAUACGCGACACAGACAGUGUCCAGGACUUCCAGAAGCGGCUCGCCAAAGCCAGGAGAAUUGUGCUCGUUGGAAAUGGAGGGAUUGCCUUGGAGUUAGCGUAUGAAGUGGAAGGCUGUGAGGUGAUAUGGGCGGUGAAGGACAACGCCAUCGGAAACACCUUCUUCGAUGCGGGGGCCGCGCAGUUCCUGGUCCCGUCGCUGGGGGCCGACAAGCCGGAGAGAGCCGCUCCCUGCAAGAGGCUUCGCUACACCACACAGGAUGCAGCGCCCCAGACCUUCACAGCAGAUAGAAACAGGCGAGGACGCGGCUGUGGUCCAACACAGGCUGGCAGUGCGCUCGGUCCAGACUGGCAUGAAGGGAUGAUUCUUAAAGGAGCAGAGCAGCCAUCCCGAAAACUCUCGGUGGAGUAUCAGUGUGAGGUGGAGCAGAUCUUCACCUGCCAGGAGAUGCUCCACUCCACAGCUGCACAGCAAGCACACACACCUGAUACCGGAGGAACAUGGCCCGUCUAUGUCCAGCUGACCAAUGGCAAGACUUACGGCUGUGACUUUGUGGUCAGUGCCACCGGAGUCACACCCAACACCCAGCCCUUCUUGACGGGUAACAACUUUGCUGUAGCGGAUGAUGGCGGUCUGCGAGUGGACCACCACAUGAUGACAUCACAGCCUGACGUCUACGCUGCCGGAGAUGUGUGCAGUGCAUGCUGGGAGCACAGCCCCUUCUGGCAACAGAUGCGCUUGUGGACGCAGGCUCGCCAGAUGGGCUACUACGCCGCUCGCUGCAUGGCGGCAGGAGUCUUGUCCCAGACCAUAGAGCUGGACUUCUGCUUUGAGCUCUUCUCUCACAUCACCACCUUCUUCAACUACAAGGUUGAAGGUGUGGUCUUCACCAGGUGGUCCUGCUGGGCAAGUUUAACGCACAGGGGCUGGCGUCCGACCAUCAGCUGCUACUGCGAUGCACCAAAGGCCAGGAGUACGUCAAGGUGGUGCUCCAAGGUGGCACAGCUGAUGAAUGUGCUGUGGUUCCAGGUGGUGCUACAAGGUGGCACAGGUGAUAAAUGUGUUGUGGUGCUACAAGGUGGCACAGGUGAUGAAUGUGUUGUGGUUACAGGUGGUUCUACAAGGUGGCAAAUGUGUUGUGGUUCCAGGUGGUGCUACAAGGUGGCACAGGUGAUACAUCUGUUGUGGUUUGUUCUGGUUACAGGUGGUGCUACUAGGUGGCACAGGUGAUUAAUCUGUUGUGUUUACAGGUGGUGUUACAAGGUGGCACAGGUGAUGAAUGUUUUGUGGUUACAGGUGGUGCUACAAGGUGGCAGAAUGGUUUAAGUUGACAGAGGUGAUGAAUGUGUUGUGGUUACAGGUGGUGCUACAAGGUGGCACAGGUGAUAAAUGUGUUGUGGUGCUACAAGGUGGCACAGGUGAUAAAUGUGUUGUUGUUCCAGGUGGUGCUACGAGGUGGCACAGGUGAUGAAUGUGUUGUGGUUCCAGGUGGUGCUACAAGGUGGCACAGGUGACAAAUGUGUUGUGGUUACAGGUGGUGCUACAAGGUAGCACAUGUGAUACAUGUGUUGUGGUUCUAGGUGGUGCUACAAGGUGGCACAUGUGAUAAAUGUGUUGUGGUUACAGGUGGUGCUACAAGGUGGCACAGGUGAUAAAUGUGUUGUGGUUCCAGGUGGUGCCACGAGGUGGCACAGGUGAUGAAUGUGUUGUGGUCCUAGGUGGUGCUACAAGGUGGCACAGGUGAUAAAUGUGUUGUGGUCCUAGGUGGUGCUACAAGGUGGCACAGGUGAUAAAUGUGUUGUGGUUCCAGGUGGUGCUACAAGGUGGCACAGGUGAUGAAUGUGUUGUGGUUCCAGGUGGUUCUACAAGGUGGCACAGGUGAUAAAUGUGUUGUGGCGCUACAAGGUGGCACAGGUGAUAAAUGUGUUGUGGUUCCAGGUGGUGCCACGAGGUGGCACAGGUGAUGAAUGUGUUGUGGUUCCAGGUGGUUCUACAAGGUGGCACAGGUGAUAAAUGUGUUGUGGUUACAGGUGGUGCUACUAGGUGGCACAGGUGAUGAAUGUGUUGUGUUUACAGGUGGUGCUACAAGGUGGCACAGGUGAUGAAUGUGUUGUGGUUCCAGGUGGUUCUACAAGGUGGCACAGGUGAUACAUCUUCCAGGUGGUGCUACAACGUGGCACAGGUGAUUAAUCUGUUGUGGUUACAGGUGGUGCUACUAGGUGGCACAGGUGAUGAAUGUGUUGUGGUUCUAGGUGGUGCUACAAGGUGGCACAGGUGAUACAUGUGUUGUGGUUCCAGGUGGUGCUACAAGGUGUCACAGGUAAUAAAUGUGUUGUGGUUCCAGGUGGUGCUACUAGGUGGCACAGGUGAUGAAUGUUUUGUGU